AUACCCUAAAUCGCGAGAAACGACGAGAAGCUUCGAUGAGACCGAAAAAAUCUAUAAAAGGCGUGCGCAUAGAUUUUUUUUCUCAAACUCACAAAAUUUCUCAGCAAAAGAAAGCAAGUCGAAAGAAGGCGAGCCACGCGAGUGGAAAGCAGAAAAAGAGUAGAGUGAAAAGAACAAUUGAUUAAACGCUAUAAACAAUAUUUAUAAUCUGUGGAGAUAAAUAUUAUUACCGAAUUGAGUGGAAAACUAAGAACACAACGAAAGAAGUAGCAGCAACGGUGACAUCCGUUUCGAGUUAAAAAAAAAACAUUCUUUUUAAGCUUAUAACAAAUAUCAGAGAUGGGUAAGGACUUUUACAAAAUUCUUGGCAUCGACAAUAAGGCCAGCGACGAUGAGAUCAAGAAGGCCUAUCGCAAGUUGGCGCUCAAAUACCAUCCGGACAAGAACAAGAGUCCACAGGCCGAGGAACGCUUCAAGGAGAUCGCCGAGGCGUACGAAGUUCUAUCCGACAAGAAAAAGCGUGACAUCUUCGACAAGUAUGGUGAGGAGGGACUGAAGGGCGGCAUGCCCGGCCCAGAUGGUGGAAGUCAGCCUGGCGGCUACAGUUACCAGUUCCACGGCGAUCCGCGAGCAACAUUCGCCCAGUUCUUCGGGUCAUCGGAUCCCUUCGGCGUGUUCUUCGGCGGUGGCGACAACAUGUUCGGAGCCGGCGGCGGAGGUGGCGGUGCCCACAAUGAGAUCUUCAUGAAUAUUGGCGGCGAUGAUAUGUUUGGCGGAGGUUUCGGUGGCAACCCGAUGGCCGGAGCAUUCCGAUCGCAGUCGUUCAACGCGCAGGCACCUAGCCGUAAGCGCCAACAGACACAGGAUCCGCCGAUAGAGCACGACCUGUAUGUGACACUGGAGGAGGUGGACAGGGGUUGUACCAAGAAAAUGAAGAUAUCGCGCAUGGCCUCGACCAACGUUGGAUCCCAAAAGGAGGAGAAAGUGUUGAGCAUCACAGUUAAACCGGGCUGGAAGGCCGGCACCAAGAUAACGUUCCCCCAGGAGGGCGACCGGGCACCGGGAAAGACACCCGCUGACAUAAUCUUCAUCAUCCGGGACAAGCCACACUCGCAGUUCAAGCGCGAGGGAAGCGAUCUGAGGUAUACAGCUCAGGUCAGCCUGAAACAGGCCCUGUGCGGUGCACCUGUCAACGUGCCGACGCUGCAGGGCGAUAGGAUUCAUGUGAACACCGCGAACGAGAUAAUCAAGCCCACCACAACGAGGCGCAUCAGCGGGCGCGGACUGCCUUUCCCGAAAGAACCAUCGCGGCGCGGCGAUCUGAUCGUUGCCUUUGACAUCAAGUUCCCAGACACGCUGCCGCCCAGUCUGCGGAAUCAACUGGCGGAGCUGCUGCCCAACUAAUCAUCCAGAUGUUAGCCUAGCCUAGCGCUUAGUUAAGGCCUAAGUUUAGUUUAGUUAUUUUAUGUACUUUAAGAUGCCUAACCAUUAACCGGAACCAAUGGAGCACGGAGAUAGUGUGCCAAGAGAUAGAACUGCUGUAGAUAUAGCCGAGGAUGCAGACGGUAGAUAAGAUAGGGAAGAGAACACAUAAGCAACAGACGGUAGCCCGUUCUGUUCGAGACUGAUCGACUAUUUACUAUUACACCUAGUACCCCAAUUCCAGAUUUAGCCUACCGCCCGAUUAUGUGGUUGGUAUUUUAAAUCUCCUGAUAUUUAUAUAUCCCAAAGCUGCAAAUAAAAAGGUAUUAUAAAUUGACAGUAA